GCAAAGCUGAGGCGCUGCGCAUGAAGAAGAAACUGGAGGCCGACAUCAACGAGCUCGAGAUCGCUCUGGAUCACGCCAACAAGGCGAACGCUGAAGCCCAGAAGAAUAUCAAGAGAUACCAGCAACAACUGAAGGAUGUGCAGACUGCGCUUGAGGAGGAACAACGUGCGCGCGACGAAGCCAGAGAACUGCUCGGUAUCUCGGAGCGUCGGGCGAACGCUCUUCAGAACGAACUUGAAGAGAGCCGCACUCUUCUUGAACAAGCGGACCGCGGACGCCGCCAGGCUGAACAGGAAUUGGCCGACUGCCACGAACAGCUCAACGAACUGGGUGCCCAGAACGCUUCCAUCUCUGCUGCCAAGAGGAAACUCGAGGCCGAACUCCAAACACUUCACUCUGAUUUGGACGAGCUGUUGAACGAAGCGAAGAACUCUGAGGAGAAGGCGAAGAAGGCGAUGGUCGAUGCCGCCAGAUUGGCUGACGAACUCCGAGCUGAACAAGACCACGCUCAGACGCAAGAGAAACUGCGCAAGGCGCUCGAGACCCAGAUCAAGGAACUCCAGGUCCGUCUCGACGAAGCCGAGGCUAACGCGCUCAAGGGCGGAAAGAAGGCGAUCCAGAAACUGGAACAACGCGUCCGUGAAUUGGAGAAUGAAUUGGACGGUGAACAGAGGAGACACGCCGAUGCCCAGAAGAACCUCCGCAAGUCUGAACGCCGCAUCAAGGAACUCAGCUUCCAAGCCGACGAAGACCGCAAGAACCACGAACGCAUGCAAGACCUCGUUGACAAGCUCCAGCAGAAGAUCAAGACGUACAAGAGGCAGAUCGAAGAGGCUGAAGAGAUCGCUGCCCUGAAUCUUGCCAAAUUCCGCAAAGCGCAGCAAGAGUUGGAAGAAGCGGAGGAAAGGGCGGACCUCGCUGAACAGGCGAUUACCAAGUUCCGCACCAAGGGACGCGGAGGAAGUGCUGCGCGUGGACUGAGCCCAGCGGUAAGCAAUUUCGAUAUUUCACCCAUUCUUCUUGCAGUUUAACACAAAAUGAGGUUUAUUAAAAA